AUGGUGGGAGGCGCGAGGCCGCCCGCUCGCGCGCAGCUGCCGCCAAUCAGGAACCGCGCGGGCGCCGCUGGGCGGGGCCUCGCCGGGUUUGGAUCCGCUGCUUUUGGCGGGCCGAAGAUGGCGGCGGCGGCGAAGGGGGUGGAGGCGGGUCGCGCGCCGGGCGCGUCGUCCGUGGCGGCCCCUCAGGGGAGCCUCGGCCGCGAGCAGAUCCUGGACUUCGUGGUCAGCCACUUCCUGCGGACGCUGGACACCGGCGGGUGUCGUCUUUUCACCAAGUGCUACAGCCGCCUCUACAAAGCACAGCCCGAAUUCACAAAAUGUGUUUAUAAUCAGUUCAUCUCCCAUCUGCAAAACUCAGUACUGGAAGAGAUUCAGGCGCUCAAGCAGGAAGGAAAUCUACUGGUGCUUUUUGAGUCACUGGAUAAGCUUGAGAAAGGAGUGAAGGACAAGGACACGUGUGCAUGGCGCCCGAGCGGAAUCCCGGAGGAAGAUGCCCGCGGGGUCGUCACGCCCUACCUUCUGAAGCAGCGCAGGUUCCUCCAGAAAGCCCUGCAGGAGAAGCAGGAGGGCAACGGCCGGCUGGGCGCCGCUGUGGUGGCCGGUCGGGAGAGGAUCGCGGAGCUGCAGGAGCAGAUCCGGAAGCGGAAGGACGAGUGGCAGGGAAUUGCUACCGACGGCCGAAAGAUGAUGGAGACCUUUGAUGAGCUUCCCUGAGAAGGCCUGGCCCGACUGCUGUUUGUGGGCAGGGCCUGACCCACCUGGGGGAGGACGCGGGAGAGCCGCAGG